AUGACGCCAUCCUCUCUUUACGAAGAGAGUCUAAGAGAAAAUCAGAGGACAGCGCCGUGCCAUGCGAGUGAAAUCUUCGACUCAGUGGAUGACAGUUAUGACUACUGGAAUACACCAUUUAGCACUAUAUUAGAUGAGUAUCUGCUAAUGAAAAGAAUGAAAGCGAGAGCAAAAGAUGUUCCUUACAUGACCUCUGCCUGGAAGACAGCUAUAAGAGCAAAACGUCGUUUCUCAAAACGAUUUAGCCAAAGUGAGACACCUGAGAACUUCGAACUAAAACGGAAAUGGAGGAAUGAAGCAACAAGACAAAGGAGAAUAGCGAUAAGAAAUUAUUGGAGUGAGGUUUCGGAUAAUCUGCGUCAAAACCCAAAGAAUUUCUACAAAACUUUUAAACCAUUCCUGGAUAGGAAGGACAAGGGAGACGGUACAAGGGAUAUACAUCUUAAUAUCGACGGUAACGUAGUGAAAGAUCAGGAAGGAGUAACUGAACAUUUGGUGGAGUACUUCUCCACAAUGGCGAGUGGGAUUGAUGGAGAUAACGUAGAAUCUCUUAACGAGAGUGACUUUAAGGAACACAGUAGUUUAAAAUCAAUCUCCACCAUGAUAAUUACACCGAAAAAUUCCUUUUGUUUCAGACCUGUGUCUUAUCAUGAGGUGAAGGAUGCCAUGGACAAGAGUGAGGCAAGAAAAGUUGCAAGACAUGAUGGGAUACUACCAAGAAUGUUGAAGUUGAUGGCUGAAGAACUGGCACCCUCCCAUAAAGGAUCACACAUUUGUGAGUUGAACAAUGACACAGAUGAAAGUGCAUCUCAUCUUGCGUUGGCGGAGAGGGAACUUUAUACUCACCAUGCUGUUGAGAAUGCUUGCCAUUGCAAACCUUGUCCGGGGAAAUAUGCCUCCUGUCAAGUAGGGUUUACCGAUAAGGGAUAUAGAUGUGACUGCCGUAAGGGGUAUGGAGGGAAACAGUGCAAUGAAGGUAUUGACAUAUCUAUUUCCAAGGAGAAAGACUUGAACCUUAAUCAAAUAACAUCAUAUUCCGAAACUGAAAUAAAACCAGGCUAA